CCCGCAGCUGACUCCAGUUCGCCCGCAACCCUCUCCCCAAAACAGAGGCGUCGCAGCGCUGCUCUUUCAUGUGCGGAAUGCAGAAGGCUCAAGCUCAGGUGUAGUCGAGUGUUUCCGUGUACGAGCUGCGUGAAGAAGGGGUGUGCAGCUAUAUGCCCUGAUGGCUCUCUCACAACUGGGAAGGGAAACAGAUUCAUCCUCGCCAAUACAGAAGUCCUCCAUGACAAGAUUGGUCAGUUGUCCACUCGCGUUCGGCAGCUAGAGGACGCAUUAGCCGAGGCCCACGGUUUUCACUCGAAUGAGCGCCAUCCACUGUUGACUGAUGAUCUCUUGCAAAUCAAACGUCCGCUCGAGAGGGAGGCCAAGAAAGAGGUCACGCCACCUCAGGAGGCAGAAACUGCCGAGGCUAUCGACGCUGUCGGUUCUCUCUCUAUCUCCGAUACAGGACGAAACAACUUUUACGGGCAAACAGCCAAUGCAUGGUAUCUGUUACAGGUCAGUGAUGUCUCUUAUGACGAAGACGAUGCCAAUAGCCCUGAUCUUCCUGUACCCAACGAUCUUCCUUGGCUCAGUCACGCGUUUCCUUUCACUCCAAACGUCUCUAAAACCAUUCAAGGUGUUCGAGGGACACUGGUCGGCUUCCUUCCAGACGCCGCAAAGGCGGAGCACUUAUCCGACAUCUACUAUCGCAACGCUGCCUGGAUGUAUCGGCCCAUACACCAAUCGGACUUUUAUGAAACAAUUUUUGGUCGCAUAUACGACGUGCAGUCCACUUCCAAUCCCGAUCCGAUCAAGUCUCACAGGAUUGCGGUCAUGUACAUGAUUCUUGCCUUAGGGGCCUUGUUAGACCCGGAUAGACCACCAAAUUCGUACGACGCGAAUCUGUAUUAUCAAUUGGGACGUGCCGCGUUGGGGGUAGAUUCUUUAUUCGAGGAACAGUCUAUCCCAGCGAUACAGGCUUUGCUCUUGAUGUCCCACUAUAUGUUCCUCUCAGACAUCGACGGUCCGCGAUGGGCGCUUAUGGGAUUGGUCGUAAAGUUGGCGCAAGGGGUUAGUGUUCUUUACAGAGAUAGCGGCAGGUGGGGUCUCAGCGCAGAUGAAACCCACAGACGUAGAUCUCUCAUGUGGGAGAUAUAUACUUAUGAUUCGUGGCAGAGUCUAACGUAUGGGAGGCCUCCUUCAUUCUCCUUGGUGCAUAUGGAUUGCAGAAUGGCGUACGAACCUUUCAAGAACGAACAAGGGGAAGAAGAAAUGGGUUUUGAGCUGUGGAAACACCGCUUUGCAUCUCAAUGCCUUAGCCUUGUGCACGAUCAGGCUUUUGGGGCGCGCACGCCAAGCUACAAAGUGAUCCAGGAAUUGGACAGAAAAGUGAGGGAUUUUUACACCCCACCGUCCCUUCAGGUUCCAGGUUUUGGAGGGCCGAUGGCAGAGAUAGAACCCUCGUCUCCAUCGCUCACUAUGCAACGGUAUAUUGGGUUGUCCAUCAAAGAGAUAUCCCUGUUUUAUAUGCAUCGGGGUUUCUUCGCACGAGCUAUUGAAGAUUGCCCAGACGAUCCUUUGGGUAGUAAAUAUGCUCCAUCGGUAUUGGCCGCAUAUAGUAGCGCGUGUUCUUUUGUUGGGUUGAUCAAGAGCCUGUUCUCGCAGCAGCCCCGCCUCACUGAACGCAUGUGGUUCUUGUUCACUCACGUCUUUUCUUGUGCUAUUGUAUUAGGAUCAAUUCCCAUCAAAUGUCCCAGUAUGGCGCUAUCACGCUCGGCUUUAUCGCAUCUUGAAUCCGCAUCGCGGCUAUUUGAUCAGGUUUCUGAAAAUCCACGUGCAGUGAAAGUUCUUCCUGUCUUAUUGAAGCUCAAAGAACGGGCGAUCGCCUCAAUGAGUGAGAUGCAGACACAGAACGCUGUCGUCCCUUCGUCAAGGUUUUCUUCAGAAGACCGUGAUGUCAAAAAAGAGGACGAUGAGUUGGCUACUCUUGGCGGAAAGACGCGUUUUGUGCCGAAGAAAACGAAUUCGCUACCAUCUUCCCCUGCAAAGUUGCACGCUCUCACUGGUUCAAGUUCUCCAGCUUUGGCCCAAGCUUCACCACCA